AUGGAGAAUAGUCAUGAAGUUGUUCAUUAUGAUCAAUAUGAAUCUAGUAUGCAAGUCUCAGCCUCAGGUGAACCCAGUUGUCUUAGUCAAAAACAGUUUGAGUAUAAGGCAGAAAAAUAUGAUUCAGUAAGCGAUGACAACAAAUUUGAGGAAGAAGAAGAAGAUGACAUAGCCAAUAAAAAAGACUAUGUUAACACGGAAGAAAUUUCUACUUUAGAACCAAACACAAAAAAUGAGAAGAAAGAUGAGCUGUGUAUUGGAAUGGAGUUUAGUUCUGAUGAAUUUGCGCAUAAAGCUUAUGAAAAGUUUGGAGGAGUACAUGGAAAAUUUAAGAUUGUGUCUUUCAACCAGAGUCACAACCAUGAUUUAGUGGAUACGCCUAUGACGCAUUUUAUGAAAGGAAACCGGAUGUUCUCUGUCGCUCAAACACAACAUGCUGAUGAUAUUGAGAUGUCAGGAACUUCAGCAAAAGCAAUCGUCGAAAUGAUGAGUAGAGAAGUUGGGGGACGAGAAAAUCUGGGUUUCUUGGAGAAAGAUUAUCGAAAUUACAUUUACCGAAAGCGAAUGGAAAAAAUGGUAAAAGGAGAUGCUGGAGCAGUUUUAGAAUACUUUCAAAAGAAGAAAGAGGAUAAUUCAUCUUUUUUUUAUUCAAUGCAACUUGAUGAAGACGAUAUGAUCACGAAUAUCUUCUGGGCAGAUGAUCGGUCUAUAAGUGAUUACAAUCUUUUUGGAGAUGUUGUUUGCUUUGACACAACUUAUAAGACCAAUGAAUAUGAUAGACCAUUUGCUCCAUUUGUAGGGGUCAAUCAUCAUAAGCAAACUGUUGUGUUUGGUGCUGCUUUACUAUAUGAUGAAACCACAGAGUCAUAUAAGUGGCUUUUUGAGACUUUUCUCGGAGCAAUGUCUGGAAAACAACCAAAAACAAUUCUUAAUGAUCAGUCUGCAGCAAUGACGAAUGCAAUAGAAAAGGUGUUCUCUGAAACAAAGCAUAGGUUAUGUGUUUGGCAUAUUUACCAAAAUGUUGCAAAGAAGUUGAGCCAUUUAUUUCAUGGACCAGGACAAUUUGCCACAGACUUUGGAAAUUGUGUAUAUGACCAUGAGGGGGAAGAAGAUUGGUUAUUGGCAUGGAGUAAUAUGCUUGAGAAGCAUAAUUUGACAGAAAAUAAAUGCUUGAAGAAUAUUUUUGAUGUGAGAGAAAAAUGGGCAAUGGUAUAUGGACGUCAUACUUUUACAGCAGAUAUGGUGAGCACACAACAUAGUGAAAGCAUGAAUAAUAUUUUGAAAAGAUACUUGAAGAGGAGCUAUGACUUAUUGUCCUUCUUUGAACACUAUGAGAGAGUUUUGGGUGAUCGACGAUAUAAAGAAUUAACUGCAGACUUCAAAAUGAUGCAUACCUUGUCAGUAUUAUCUGCUUCUGUAGAGAUGUUGCAACAUGCAGAAGAAGUGUAUACACCUGAAGUUUUUAGCUUGUUUCAGAAGCAAUAUACAGUUAUCGAUGAUUAUGUUGCAAAAAAGGUCAGUAAGUCUGAGAUGGUGUAUGAAUACACAGUAUCUUAUCGUGGUGGAUCGAAAGAGCAUUUGGUUAAUUAUAAUGCUACAAACCAAGCAGUAGAGUGUAGCUGCAUGAAGUAUUCUUUUGCUGGGAUCUUAUGUCGUCAUACAUUGAAAGUGUUGGAUAAGAAGGAUGUUAGAAGAAUUCAAUCUAACUACAUCUUGAAUCGAUGGACUAAAGAGGCAAAAUUACGAAGCAUAUAUUCUUAUCGUACAGAGACAACUAAUGGAUCUGUAACACAAUCGAUUGGAAAGCGUUACAGCCAUUUAUGUCGAAAUUUCCGUGAGAUUGCAUCCGUUGCUGCUGAACAUGUAGAAUUGAUGAUGUGUGCAAAUGAACCUGCAUGUCAGUUGCUUAAAAAGUUAGAGGAAAAGAAAAAGGAACUUGUGAAAGCUAAUGCAUGGAUGCUAUCAACUUCACAUGUUGAACCUGUGGAAGGAGAAGAAGAUGAGAAAAUUUCAAACGACUCGACUCCUAUUUCUGAUACCCAGUUAUCUGUUGCUACCACUGAUCCGACCUUACCGACAUAA